GUACCAUUUACAACAGAGAGGAGAGGACUGAGGCUGAAGGACUGUACCAUUACAGCAACCAGGGAGGAGAGGACUAGCGUGAGGCUGAAGGACUGUACCAUUACAGCAACCAGGGAGGAGAGGACUAGCGUGAGGGUGAAGGACCGUACCAUUACAGCAACCAGGGCGGACGGAGAAGACUACAGUCAGGUUAAUAAACUGUACCAUUAUAGCUAGCAGUGAGGAGAUGAAAGGGUUAUUGUCAAGCUAAAGGGCCAUACCAUUACACCAGCAGUAGGGGGAUAAGGAACUCUCGUGAAUCUCAGAUUUCUCCGCUCUGAAUGUUUACAAUCCUACAGUAAAAGAUGGUAUAAUCCACCGGAGGAGGUGGAGAGAAGGAAGAUAAUGGCCGCGCUGGGCCCCUCAGCUGGGUUGAUCCAAACAUUUCAUCAUCGAAAUAAUUCAGAAAAUCCCAAUUUCGAUAUCAGUUUGAAGAAUCAUGUUCGCCAGAAUCAUCAGGUUAAAGAAUGUAGAUGGACUGUCGAAAACCAAACUGAUGCUACCAUGGAGCGGCAAUAAACACAGAGCUGUAGAGAAGACCUUUCACUAGAGUCACCAUGUCAGAAGACAUUAGAGAACCCCUUGUAAGCAAUGACUCUGUCCAGGACCCGCUCCCUCAAGCUCAGGAUUCCCACAAUGUUGAUUUUUUGGGUAAAGAGUAUCCAGAUUCCGAAAUAAGAGAAAUAAAAAGAUCACACAAUGAAAUUAUCCCCGAAAUUGAAAUCAAGUUAGAAUCCAGUGAUGAUGAUGAGGACAAAUCUGAAGUCUCCUCAUGGCCUUUACCUUUUCAAAGGAAAAGAAAAAUAGCCAAUUCUCUGGAAGUAGGAACUGGUCCACAGAAAGAUCACCGUGAGCAUGAAGGGUCUCUGAGUAUUGCUCAGAACACUACACCAUUGGUGGCCCGGCCAACCAGGAAGAGAAAGUCCACCUCGGAGGUCUGGCAAUUUUUCUAUCGUGACCCGACCAUCAUCUCCAGAGCUGUUUGUACUCUUUGUCGAAUGAGUGUCAGCAGAGGCAAACUAGGGGGCAGGUUUGGUACCACAGCUCUGAAACGCCACUUGGAGAGUAAACAUCCACAACAAUGGGCACAACGAAGGUCUAUGAGACUCCAAAAACCAGAUGUUGAAGAGGAAGAGGAGGAAACAUAUGUUGAUGAAGAUGAAAUAGAUGAGUCCUACCAAAAUCCAUUCAAUAUGGCCAUCAUGCAGUUCCUUUAUCAAAAGCCAAUGCCAAAUGAGAAAAAUGCCGUUGAGUGUACUGUGGCUCAUGGUUCGCCUAAAACGUAUGAGAUCAUUGACUCCAGUGACGAUGAGGAAGAUAAGGAAAGAGGGGACAACAUUAUGGUGGAAUUUGGAGAAGCAAUGACCAGCAAAAAGACGACUGAGCAGGGUAGCGGGUUAGUCUCCAGUUUUCACAUUGAUGCCAGAAAUGCUUCUCACCCCUUUCCAGGCCUGGGCAAGACCCAACCCGUGGUCUCCCAGACGUUCAGCUCUACUGAUUAUUCUCCUGUCCCACUAGGAGCUCGUCGAAGGAAGUCUACAUCUGCUGUAUGGCAGUUCUUCUACCUUGACCGUACAAACAUUUGCCGAGCCAUUUGCAAUCUGUGCCAGGCAAGUGUGGGUCGGGGAAAACUAGGGGGUCACCUUGGAACAUCAGCUCUUAUGCGACAUCUUGAAGGGAAGCAUCCUUUAGAGUGGAGCAGAGGGAAAAUGAACAAACCAAAUACUGCUGUUGUGCUUGAGGCAGACGAAGAUGAGGAUGAAGACAUAGAUGAGCCCAUUGGUUAUCCUCAACGAGCUUUCAGUAAAUUUAGACUAACUGGUUUCCCUAUGUAUCCUUCAGAGAUGCCAGAGCAUCUUAACCCAACUCUCCACACUGUUCCCAUAGAGUAUGACAAUGAUAAUGAAGAUCCCGAGAUGCAGAGUAGCCUUCAGAUCUCCUUCAAGGAAAAUAUUUUGGAUCCAACCGGCAUUAUUCUCAAAGCAAAUGGAAAAUACCCUUCAGAUCACCCCAAAGCCCAAUCCUGGAACAGGAGCAUCACAGAACUAAUGUGCGAGAUGGCCCUCCCCUACUCAUUCGUUACCUCUAAAGCUUUUCGGAGGUUCAUGGCACAGGCUGACCCUCACUACUCAGUUCCUACAAGAUCUUUUUUCUCUGGUAAAGCUGUUCCCCAAAUUUAUGAGUCAGUGUGUGAGAGGAUAGUUAGUGACCUAAAGAUGUCCGGAUGUCCUCAAGUCCACAUAACUGCCCAUGUGCGGUCCAAUGACCUUUCCAUGAAUUAUUUAGCUUUAACUGCCCACUGGGCAGUUUUGAAACCAGAUGCUGAUCAGUCUGCAGAGAGGAAGCACGCUCUCAUAUGCAUCAAACGCUUUACCAAAGAAUAUACAGAGGGCAGUAUCCAACAGGAGUUAAUUCAACAAGUUAGUUUGUGGCUUUUGCCCAACGCUUUGUGUCCUGGGCUCUUUGUCUCCAGCGCAGAUGUCAAUCUUAUGCAUGCCAUUAAAGGGGCAAAUUACACAUAUGUACCUUGCUUUACCCAUUCUCUUAACCUGCUGGUUACUGAUUUCCUGCAGAAUAAUCGCUACAUUGCUGGAAUGCUCACCAUGGCCAGAAAAGUGUGUAGCUACUUCAUUCACUCCUCCAGAGCAAGAAGAAUCCUUAGUGAGCUUCAAUUCCAAAAUAAUUUGCCCAAGCAUUCUCUGAAACUGGAAACGAUACCUCACUGGACAUCCACUUUCUACAUGUUGCAGAGGCUCCUGGAGCAACAGAGAGCAGUCCAAGAAUACUUGGUGAUGCAUAAAGUAGAAGCUGUGGACAUCCAUCUAAGUUCUAGUCACUGGAACCUCAUGACAUCACUGGUGGAUCUUCUACAACCCUUUGAAAUGGCUAUACGAGAGGUCAAUGCCAGUCAGUCAUCCCUCAGCCAGGUGUUGCCAGAACUUCGGUAUCUCCAUAUCUUCCUAAAACAAAUCAGAGGACAUUUUGAAAGCAAAGGAGAUGCUAACGGUGUUGUUCUUGCUGAUAGCUUUGCUCUCAAACUUUCGACAGACUAUGGGGUCAAUGAAAUUUUCCAAAAGGAAGAGUUCAUUUUGGCCACCUUGCUGGACCCACGGUUCAAAGGAAGAAUUGAGGCAAUAUUGCCUGUUGACUCGGAUAUUGACCACUGGAAACAAGUUCUGGUUAAGAAAGUCAAAGAAGUCAUGUCGUCUUCAUCUUCUUCUGUUUACUUGCCCUCCCAGGUGAGCCACUCAACUUCUCAGGUUAGAGAAGACUCUCAGUCCCAUGUGUUAUCCAGUAAACAGUUCGACAGGGAAACCAGUAUGAUGACUAUGGCUCCACAAUGGAGGAAAAAUGUGACGGCUUCACCUUUAAUUCACAAGGAGAAAUCAUUGAUUGAACAUUUGGAGAGUGUUGGUCUCUUGGCCUCUAAAUCAACCGGAGCUUCAUUGUCAACAGAGAGCCAUUCUGCCUGCAUCAUGGUGGAGAGGUACCUCCAAGACAACAAAACCAUUGGAGCAAAGGAUGACCCUUUGAUCUACUGGCAAAAACGUACAUGGCUUUGGCCGGCACUAACAAAAUUGGCUGUAAUGUACCUGACAUGUCCUCCUUCGAGCGUGUUUGCCGAACUUGUCUUUAAGUCUCCUCGAGUCUUCAUGGACGCACAGCGUCGACCAGACAUAACGGAGGGUUUGGAGCACAUUAUAUUUCUGAAGGUCAAUCUGCAAAAUUUCCCCAGUUAUAAUCUGCCAUCUCUUAUCUUCUCUGAAGACAAUGAGAUAGAACAAAGUGACAGUGACGAUGGGUUCUGAACUCAAAAAGUCCAAGAAGAUGAGAAUAAUAAAGUUGUGAACCUCAUAGGAAAUGGAUAAUAUGUUGUUUCUGUGAAUUAUACAUUUGAUAAAUUCUUUGAGGGAUUGUCCACUUAGGGGGUCAACAGGUCCUCAUUAUGGGACUUGUUAAAGGCGUUGUCCAGGUGAUAGAGAAAUAUUUAGAAAAGCCUCUGACUGGUAAACAAAAAAAAGUCAUACCCCACCUAUCCCCUGCCGGUCCAGUUCCGACGAGUUCUAGUCCCUCAGAAAUUUCUACUUCUUGGUGCCUCGCAACAAACAGGAAAUAACAGCACAGCUAGUCACUAUCUGAGGGUGGUCACUGCUGCAGCCAGUGAUUGGUUCAGCGGUAAUUUCCUGUGUGUUGAGAGGCACCUGGAAAUGGAGACUGACAGGGGACCGAGUAUCUUCGGAAAAGGACCGGCAGAGGACGAGUGAGGUGUAAUUUUUUUGUUUAGUAAAUCAUUUUUAUCGCCAGGACACUCUCUUUAAAGAAGAGUCAGUGCCCCCAUUAUAAUACUUCCUGGGGUGGUCUGUCAGCUCAGUGUUAUCAUAGUGAUUCUGUUUUCUGCCAAUGCACAGGGCAGGGAGUAUUGUCUUCGGGACACAGACAAAUCCUGUGCACAGAGUGUUGCUUCUGCUGAUGAUGUCAUUGCAUGCUCAUUAUAAUUGAUGACAUCACAAGCUCAUUGUUGUGAUUGUGGGAGUUUUAAUGAUGUCACUGUGGGUGCACAGGUCAAUUUUUAUUGCACUCUGGUACCUAAGUUCUGACUGAUUUCUAAAUUAUGGGCCACUACCAAAGUAGCAUGGCUGGUUAGGCUUUGUUCACAGCUGUGUCGUGGCUCCUCCUCAUGAGCCACGUGAUGGCUCCCUGGGUGUCUCUGCUUCUGCACAGUCACUGAACAGAAAAUGAAUGUGUCCAGUACAUGCAGCAGCAGAAUCUACUACCAGGGGAAGCCAAGGAAGUGGUCACGUGAGCACCCUCAUAUUACAUCCUAUAGACGUGUGACCACCGGUCUCCAAUGUUUGCAUAGCCCCUACAUUGUCAGCAUGAAGCCUUUGAUAGCAGAGCUGUAUAAAGUGAUCGACCCCUUUAAGUUUCUUAGUUGAUCUUAAAAGCAUUCACAGUUCUAUUUCUAGAAUACAGAGCUCCAAAUCCCCUGCAUAGAUAUUGAGGUAAAUUAUAAAAUUCUGCUCACAACAGCCACCACUAGGGGGAGCUGCCUUAAGGACAGAUAAAAACAGACACCAUUAUAGGGAGCUCAGAAGCUUAGAGGUAUUCCCAUCUCAGACAAUGGGGGCAUAUCGCUAGGAAUGGGACCCGCACCUACAACGAGAACGAAGUGGGUAGCACUGUGGCUGGAGGACCCCGGAUUUCCCGGGGUCCGUCCACCACCAA